UUCUAGGAUUUGGUUUUGUCCAUCGAACUGUUCUUCUCUUGCGCGCCUUACCAUUUCUAGGGGUUUCGACAAGCAUCGUUUCUUUUACUCAAAUCUUAGGGAUUUCAAGGUUAUUGGCUGGCUCCAUUCGAUGGAUAUCCCACAAGAGACAGAAAAUUACAUCCGGGAAUCCAUUCAGGAUUCUCUAGGCCUGCCCGUUUCGGAGAAGACGCUCCGGCUGAAAUUUCUCGCUUCAGAGGAAGAGCGCCACCUCCUCCAAGAUCAGAACUUUAUCUUGCAGAACCAACUGAAGGAGCUCCAUAAGCGGUUUCAGAGCAGCAAGGAGGAGGCGAGUAUGAACGCCCAGGGUUUAAGAAAAUGUAUCCAGGAGAGGGAAACAUUAGUGGCAAAGUAUGCUGAAAGGGAGAAGUGCUGUGCCAAGUUGGGGAGAGAAUGCAUGCUAUUUGAACGUGAUUUGGAGAAGGCCAUGGAGUCCUGUGAUGAGUUGGAGAAGGAGAACAAUGAGCUCCGGGCUCAGUUGCAGGAUAACUCCACACUUCAAGCUAUGUCUGCUGAAGUCAAGUCCUUGCAAGAAGAUAAGGAGAAUCUCCUGAUAAACCUGCAGAGAGCUGAAGAGGAGGUGAAAGUGCUGUAUGAAGACAACAAAUUACUGGAUGAAUUGAACAAGCAGUUGCUAAGGCAACUGCAAAGAGGGAAGGAACGUCAUGGAUCUGAUCACAAGCGCUCAGCUAGUGGCUCUUCUGCUAGGGGUAAGAGGAAGUCAAGGAGGUUCAGGGAGGGCAGUCCCUUUGGGAGAGAGGCCGACUCCAAUCUGGAAGAGCAAUCAAGACAACCUUUCAGCCCUCUGUUUCAAAAUUCUCCAGAGUCAAGAUUACCGAACUAGUGACAAACGCUGCUCUUAUUGUAGAAGCUUUGAAGCAAGCUAAUAGAAAGCCCCCUUGCUUUCAAAGCAAUAGUUCCUGCGCAAUUUUACUCUUUAACAUAACCAAAGUGUAGCUCCACAUAGCAUGAUAUUUGUACUGUUGUCAUUUUUCGCUACUUGAG